AUGGCGCGAACGAUGGGAGUGGCAGUUCUGUUCGCAGCAGUGAUGUGCUUCGUUGGGAAGUUGGCUUUCACUCCUUCGGUGUCCACAGGCUUCGGACGCUCCGCGCAGCAGGGCCUCGCUGCUCAGCAGCGCAGCCUCACGCAGCGCCAGGCGGAUGGAUCCUACUUGAAGCCCUUCGGCCCUGCUGUGUCCUAUGCGAAAGCGCUCCGGGAAGCUGGCAUGGCCAAAGGUGAGGACGCCGCAGUGAUGGAGGACAUUCUCAAGAUCAAGGCAUUCUACGAAGAUGAGGCUGUCUUUGAGGAGCUUAGCCUGGUGCAGAAUGACUUCAACCUUACAAAUGUGGAGCGCGCGGACAAGAUCCUUGACAUGGUGAAGCCGUUGAAGUCCACGGUGACGCCCAAGUUCGUCCGCUUCCUGGCAAAGAAGAUGCGACUCAAGGGCCUGAAGGCCAUCUGCCUCGAGUAUGUCCAGAGUGCCUACUUCACCGAGUCCGUCAGCCCAGUGAAGGUGACCUCCGCAGCGAGGCUGACAGAUGCCCAGAAGUCCAAGAUCAUCGAGAAGAUGAAGGUGAAGUGUGAGACCAGCAACAUCAAGCUGAUCGAGGAAAUUGACGCCAACCUCAUCAGUGGCUUCAAGUUGGAGUGGGGCUACAUCGACCCAGUGAACCUCGACGCACCGAGCCAUGGCGUCGAUCUCUCCCUGCAGAACAUCUUGAACAAGAAGGCGCUCCAGGUCGGAGGUCUUGUGGACGCGCUCCCCUGA